UGAGCUUGUAGCUUAGCAGAAGCAGCUAGCACCGCUGACAAGAGGGCAACGACGUGAUGGAAAUUGACUCGCUUGAAGAGGCGCUGAGAGAUUUUGAUAAAAAAGCAAAAAAGGAGCCAACCCCUCUUUUGGAGCAGUUUUUAUGCCAUGUUGCCAAAAGUGGACAGACCAUGGUUCAGUGGUCUCAGUUCAAGAGCUACUUCUUGUUUAAGUUGGAGAAGGUGAUGGAUGACUUCAAAGCCUCCGCACCUGAGCAAAGAGGACCUGCAAAUCCGAAUGUGGAGUCUGUUCCAUUUGAGGACAUGAAGGAAAGGAUCUUAAAGAUUGUGGAAGGAUACAAUGGAAUUCCUUUCACAAUCCAGCGCUUGUGUGAGCUACUCACAGAGCCCAAACGGAACUACACGGGAACAGACAAGUUUCUCCGGGGGGUGGAGAAGAAUGUGAGGGUAGUAAGCUGUGUCCACCCGACUGCAGAGAAGAAUGGCUGCAGUGCUGUGAACAGGAUGAAUGGAGUGAUGCUUCCAGGAAACACAUCAGCGUUUACAGAGAGGAAAGUGAACGGUCCGGGAACUCCCCGGCCGCUGAACAGACCAAAGGUUUCUCUGGCCACCUCACUAGCAGCUAACGGUCUACCAGACAGCACGGACAACACGGACCUCAACACGGAGCUGGAGGACGGCAAAGACACGAGCGAGGUUUCACUUUCAGAAGGCUCCCCUGGGAGUGCUGUGAAGAACAAACACUCUGAUGAGGAGGAGGACACAGAAGCCGAACACCAAGAAGUAAAAAGACUAAAGUUCGGCAAGAAUGAGGAUGAAGAUGAUGAUGAUGAGGAGGAGCAGCAGGAGGUGGACACACUUAGGCCUUCAGACAGUGCUUGCCUCUCAAAAGAAGCAGAGGCCAUGGUCCAAGAGGAUGAAGAGGAGGAUAAGAGUUUGAGCGAAGAAUCCAGCUCUGCUGCAGCCCCUGAAGAGCAAGAACCAACAAGCAGCACACAGGCUGAGAUGUGCACGGGCUCGGAUCUGGAGGAGGAGGAAGACGAGGAGGAAGAGGAGGAGGAGCCGCCGGUGGAGAAGGAGGUGCCAUGUGGCUCUGAAGAGGAAGGCAGUGACAUGGAUCAGCAGGAGGCAUCUGAAGGUGUCCAGGAGAGGUCUGAGACCAGCAGGGACAGUGAGGAGAGCAGCAGUGACCCAGUCAGCAGCAGCAGCAGCAGUAGCAGCAACAGCAGCUGUAGCAUAGAAGAGGGGGCGGACGGGACUCCCGCUCCCUCCAGCAGUACCACCCAACCUCCUACAGAGGGCGCCGUGGGAAGUGCCACCUCACACACUGGGACCACUGAGGAGCCAAUGGAGCAGGACUAGACAGAAGACCCCCUUGAGCCAUGUGUGACCAUAAACCAGCUCGUCCUUGAAUCCAGCCUUACCGUGUCUGGGAGAGAGGACAACGGCACCUCAAACACCUCGUUCCACUUUAGGACACUCCUCCAAAAACAGCUACCUGGCGCUCAUGUGGGCUACACAUAAUUAAUUUAAUUGUACUGGAAUAUUAUCUCGAUCUCUUGGUUUGAAGUUCCCCCCGAUAAGAGGGUUGGUUUCUGAUUACUUCACGUUUUCUUUCUUGUGUUCCACAUCAGCGGUGGUCUGGUCCUGCUCUCGUACCACUCACUCCAGACGUCUGGGCCUUUGAUGUAAUAGGAAGUCUCUUUAAGCUUGGUGUUGAGACUUGAGAGCCAUCUCUUCAUUUCUUGGGACAACUGAAAUAAAACCACUCUGUUUCCUUCCUUGUACAAAUGAAGUCCAAUGCUGGUCUAACCCCUCUGGUUCAUGAACUUGUUCAUGUACACCUGACUUCUGGUUGUAAGGUGGGACACUUCAGUUUUAGUUUUCCUGGUUUGUUAUUUUAAGCCUAUUUUUACAGUACACUACCAGUCCCGCUGACAUGCUCUGAUGUGCUACCUUGUAGAGGUGUCCACUUCGCCGAGAUGAUUUGGUUACAUAGAACCAUCGUUUGAGAGUUUUCAGCUCAGUCACUUAUUUUGGAGUACUUUUUUUUCCUGUCUGCCGGUUGCAGUUUCCAAAACCAGCUGUGAGUACAAAGAUGACUGCUUUCUUGGUAAUGUGAUGUCACCAUGUUGUUUCACUGACAGAACACUUCCUGGUUCCAGUUCUACACCUGUUUCUGCAGCUGUACUUUUGAUAUUUAGGAUUUUAAAUUUCUGUAAAGUAGAUUUUUGUAGAUUGUUAUACAGUAUGUGUUCACUGCCUUUGUGAAACCAUAUAUUAUUGUAUAAUUUCUGUGUAUACUCUGAAUGCUUUUGCUUUUAUUGCGGUAUUCAGAACAGCAAUAAAUGUUAACAUUUUUA